GGGGUUGCAAAGAGUCGGACAUGACUGAGUGACCAGCACUUUCACACUUUCAUUUCCUCUCCCAGCUCCCCAACACCUCUCCCAACCUAUCCAUGGAAGAUAGCUUUUUCCUGCUAUCCCUGUGGUUUAAAAGGCCAGGCUGGGACUUUCCUGGCGGUCCAGUGGUUAGGACUCCAUGCUGCCACUGUAGGGAGCGUGGGUUCGAUCCCUGGUCGGGGAACUAAAACACUGCAAGCCAUGUGAUAUAGCAGAUAAAUAAAUAAUAAAAGUAAAAGGCCAGGCUGAGGGCUUGGAAACAGAGAUGCUGGCAUGCAUCAGGGGUAGGGAGCCCGGGCUCAGAGAAAGCCAAACGCAGCAGAACUAUUCUGUCCCAGGGCUGCAGGGUCCACAGAUUCCAGCCCAAACCAGCCAAUGGGAGAAGGCCCCCUAAUCCCAGAGAACUAAAGAAUUCUCUUCAGUUAUCCAGCUUCCCUGCCAGAGUCCACUCUUGACCCCCACCCCCACCCUUACCCCUGGCCAGUUCAGAGAAGCCUAGAGGCCCCCAGGAGCAUAGCCUCAUGCUCUGUGAAGUGAACUCAGCUUCACUAACCUUCCCAGCAGAGUUGAGGAAAGUUCUAAUAUAGAUGUCAGUCAGGACUAUGAACCCCAACUUUGACAUGAAGAGAAAGGCAGACUCCUCCAGUCCCCCUGUUCUUGGUCCUUUCUUCUCGGAGCCUCACACCAGCCCUGACCCCAUCCCCACCCUCACACCCGUGGCUCUGCUCAUCUCCCCAUUGAGGAGGGAGGGGGAAAUGCUGCAGCUUUAUCUGAUGCACCAGAGCAGGCCUGCCCGCCGCAGCUGUGAAGGGGUUAAGAGGCUGGGCCAGUCACCUCAGCUUGCCCCUCCCAGGGAUUAAAAGUCCUCUAUAAAGGGGACUGUCCAUCCAGAUCAAGCCAGGGGGGUGUCAGGGACCCAGGCGUUGUGCCCAUCCCCCCUGCCAUGUGGGAACUGCGAUCAGCCUCCUUCUGGAGGGCUAUAUUUGCUGAGUUCUUUGCCACCCUUUUCUAUGUCUUCUUUGGACUGGGGGCCUCACUGCGUUGGGCCCCUGGACCCCUGCAUGUCUUACAGGUGGCUCUGGCCUUUGGCCUGGCCCUGGCUACACUGGUGCAGGCUGUGGGCCACAUCAGUGGAGCCCAUGUCAACCCUGCAGUCACUUUCGCCUUCCUUGUGGGCUCCCAGAUGUCCCUGCUCCGUGCCAUCUGCUACGUGGUCGCCCAACUGCUGGGAGCCGUGGCUGGGGCCGCCGUGCUCUACAGUGUUACCCCCCCUGCCGUCCGAGGAAACCUAGCACUUAACACGUUGCACCCUGGGGUGAGUGUGGGCCAGGCCACCAUAGUGGAGAUCUUCCUGACGCUCCAGUUCGUGCUCUGCAUCUUCGCCACAUACGACGAGAGGCGGAAUGGCCGCCUGGGCUCCGUGGCCCUGGCCGUUGGCUUCUCCCUCACCCUGGGGCACCUCUUUGGGAUGUAUUAUACUGGUGCAGGCAUGAACCCUGCCCGCUCCUUUGCUCCUGCCAUUCUUACCAGAAACUUCACCAACCACUGGGUGUACUGGGUGGGCCCGGUCAUUGGAGCAGGCCUGGGCAGUCUCCUUUAUGACUUUCUCCUCUUCCCCCGGCUCAAGAGUGUUUCUGAGAGACUGUCUAUUCUCAAGGGUGCCAGGCCCAGUGAGUCCAAUGGACAACCAGAGGUCACAGGGGAACCUGUUGAACUGAAGACCCAGGCCCUGUAAAAGUCCAGCCGGAUAGAGGGAGUAGGAAGCUUCUGGGUUUACAUGGAGGGGCUGAGCCAGCCCCCAGAUGAAGAAAGAGACUGUGGGGAGGGGCAUGUACUUCUUUAUUUUUAAAUUUAUGUGUGUGUUUUUUUUUGCCUUUUGCCGUGUGAAAUCUUUCAAGUUGCAUUCAUGAGCUGUUUGGUGCACACUUCCCUUCCUCCCCAUCCCCCUUCUCUUCGCCGCUGUGUGUGCAUGAUUGUGCGUAUGACUGUGAGUGAAUGUGACUGUGUCUUGAGUUGGGGGCUUGGCAUGAGAGGUAGGGAACGGAAAAGAGCUGUCACACUAUACCUUCCUCUCCCAACCCAGUGUGGUAAGUACAGGGAAUGAAGACCUUAAGUUUCUGGCCUUUACCCUGUUGCCAGUCAAGUGUAUGGCUCUAGGUUUCUGAGGGAGCAGGGAAGCAUUUUGUUACUCCUCAGAGGAGGCAGAUGGAGGGAAGUGGAGGUGACAAGGCAUUCCAAGAGUUGGGAGAAGCAGCUGGGCAUGGUGUAGAUAUCAGCCCCAGAUUAGAAGGCAACUGUACCAAGAAGUUUUGAAGAAGUUAACAGGAGAGUGUAGCCCACUUAUCUCAGCGAUGCUUGCCCCACGGACUUGGGUGGCAAAAUAGCUCUGAGAAAAGUAAAUACUGGGGUUGGGACCCUUCUGUAAUUCCACAUCAACCUCUCUACAUCCACUGGCUGGGUUUGAGAUUAUUCUAGCAUGAUGGAUCUCUUUGGAGGCCCUGGGUGACUGAGCUCCCAAUCCAAGCAAUGGAUGAGCCUAGAGUCUAGAAAAAUUAAGCAGCUUAACUGUUCUGCCUGACAAACCCCAGUGUGACCUCCAAACAGAAGCUACUUAAGCCCAGAAGUGCUCCCUAAGGCCAAAACAGGAAAUGUGAUGCCUAGAGCAAAUGCAGAGGUAGGGGUGGGGGGCAUAGAAGAAAGAGGAUUUGACACUCAGAAUUUUCAUUUAGAGCAGCCCAAAAUAAUCUUCAAAUGGCAUCUUUCUGCCUUUAUCACUAGUUCUAUAGUCAUUUCCAUUUUGUGUGUGUGUCUUUUCAUUUUCUGCUCAUCUGUCUUUUCAUCUUCAGCCAAUUUCUUCUAACGCCUAAUAUCCCCAAAAUUGAUUCCUUAUAUUCAAAUUUUAAUAAUUAACGCGAUAUUAUUGUUUGAUACCUAUCUUCCUUCGUUGUUGGGAAAAUACACUCAUCUCAACAGAAGCCAGAGGAGCCCCUGACUUGACGAUGAAUACCUUUUCUUUUUAGAAGCCAACUGCACACUUCGCAAGCUUUAAACCUAUACCUAUAGUAAGACAGGCACCCUGACCUCACACGAGACCACUAUUGCGCAUAGCCGCACGCUCCAUUUCCUCACAAAUAAAGCCUAACUUUUCUAA